AUGGCUUCCAAUGAGCCCUCCGCAUCGAACCGGCAUCGCUCUCUCGCACCACCAGGCACACCAGGCGCCGUAGCAACACCAAACCGGCGCGCGAUAAGCGCAGAACCUGCUUCUGGACGCCAGUCCGCCUCUGCGCGCCGCCCAGGUGCAACACCCCAUGCCCGCGCCAUCUCCCGGGCUAUCGACCAGAGGCGGCGGACCAUCUUCACACCCGGCCGCGCCCGGAGGCGCAGCUUGCGCGACCAGCGGGAGACGCCCAGGGACAUCCUCCGGAACCUGAGUCGUGUGCUCGCGCCCGCCUCCCAGCAGCUCCGUUCGUCCUCCUCGAGGUCCUCGUCGCCCGGCGCAGAUGCCAGCAAUGCCACCCUCACCCCCGUCCCCGAGGACGAUGACGACUUUCCAAUCGAGCGCCCACGCUUCUCGCUUCCCCUCCAGGAAGAUGACGAUGAUGACGACAGUGACCUGAAAGCCCCCAGGCUUAGUGGGCUGGAGGAUGAAAACUACACUGCUAUGUCGAUCGAGCUCCCUCGAAGAGAAAGAGCCUGGAGCGACGGCCCCAGCAGGCUUGGAAGAGAGAGCUUGGGAAGUGUGAGGUUUAGCGAUGAUAUUGGCAUAGACUCGGGCUUCUUCCCGCCGCCAGCACUUGACGAUGACAGUGGGAAUGUCAUGCUGGACGAAGGAGAUGUACUGGAGCGGUUUGAUGCUGAAGAUUUGCGGCGCCAAACAUUGGGACGAGAGAGCCUGUUUGGACCGAUCGAGAUACCCGAAGGCGUAGAUGAAACCACAUUUGUUAUGGCUCCUGUCGACUCUCCUGUUAGAGACCCCACGGUCACGGAAGAAAUACCCGCCAGCGAGGCCCCUGAUAUGAUAGAUGACGAUGAUGAUGACCACGUGAAUGAACCAAUGGAUUGGCCCGAAUCAGACAUCGACGAAGAUGUACCCGAUGGCAAUGCAGACAUUGAAGCACAAGAUGAGAACAUUGUCUCCAAGACUGCCGAGCUCUCAAGCAAGAGAGGGAGAAGGACAAAGGCUGGUAAGAAGAUAUCCAAACAUGGGAUUGAGUAUCCUUCAUUGCCACAAGGAGUUGUCAAACGAUUGGCGACCACUUUUGCCAAGACAUCGGGGAUUGGCAAAGCCAAGAUCUCGGCAGAUACGAUGAAUGCUAUCACGCAAGCUACAGAUUGGUUUUUUGAACAAUUAGGCGAUGAUCUCUCAGCCUACGCCAAACACGCGGGCAGAAAGACAAUCGAUGAGAGUGAUAUGAUUACGCUCAUGCGAAGACAGCGACAGAUUGGUGCCUCUGUCACCCCUUUCUCUCUCGCUCAGCGCUAUCUACCCCGAGAAUUAUUGCAGGAGUUGAGAAUGCCUGUCCCUCCGCCUACAAAGGCCCCAAGGAAGAAAUCAAGCAACAUCGACGCCGAGGAAGAUGAGGAUGUGACCUGA